UGCAUACGUGGCUGCAUGUGUGCAUUGGUCACACAAACAUAGGAAGCCUCUGUCGGUGCAUUAGGCGUCUGGGAGUCAUGGGGAUCUUUGAGCGUCUGGUGCUCGUGUCGUCUCUGGUGCCGCUGGUGCUGAACUACCCGUUCUACCCGCCGACGUGCUACACCAAGGUCCUGGUCAUGGCUCGGGAGCUCACACAGUGGGCCGCGGAUCUGAAGAUGGACCCUUACACUGGUUACUGCAUGGCAGACAUUCCAGAUCUCUACCUUGACGUCCAUAACGCCUGCGUGAUGCACAAAAUGAGGACCUACAAGUCUCUGAUUGAAGGCCUGAGACGGCGCCGCUGUGCGUACACCAGAGACGUGAGGAAGCUGGACGUCACCAUGGGACAGCUCCUCUACAUCAUGUCGGAGAAAUGCCACGGGGAGCUGGCGUUCACGAGCCACGACUGUGCCGCCCUGGAGCGGAAUCAGGAUGGACGCUGGAAUUACUGAAGACACGAGUCCCUGCCCGAGGAGAGAGGAGACCACCUCAGUGUCAUGAUAAUAAUGACAACGCUGUUUAACAUGACAAGUCACAAGAUUGAAGAGCAAUGAAGCUGAUUUUGUAACAUCAUAAAUGAUCUUUUUUAUUCUUAUCAUUCCUGUAAUGAGGUUUAUAACCAACAGCUCUAACAUCUAAGUGCAUUUUGUAAAAUAAACUUGAUUAAAAUG